CUGCUUUCACCAUCACUCGAUCCCCCGCGGUUGUGGCUUUGGACUGACACGGGCUGGUGACACCCGGGCUGCCGGCGGGGCUGCGCUCCGCGGACGUGGAUACCGACGUACCCUCCCGAGGGACGCUCUCCUCUGCUGGGGCACCGGCGUUCCCCAUCCUUUUUCUUGCGCUCGGAUUUAAUUUUUUUUUCUUUUUUUUUUUUUGGCGGGGGGUGGUCGGGGAGAAGCAUUUGCUUCUCCCGCGUAUGGGCGGGCAGGUUAUGGUUAUUGCACGUAUCGCUUAUAUGCAUAUAUAUAUGCGUAUAUGUAUGUAUAUAUGACAAGAUCUGGCAAAGUUUGCCAAGGUCCCUGCCCGUCGCUGUGCAUUGCCAGCACGUCCAGGUGGGUGGCUGGGGAGCAGCCUGGCUCUCGGCUGGAAGCUGCCGGCCACUCGCCGCCCCUUCCCGCCCGGCUGCCGGGACGCGGGUGGCGGGAUGGGGAUGGCGCUGCGGCCCCGGGAGGGAAGGGGCUCCGUGCCGGCCGGAGCGGUUCUUCCGUAUGAGCGCGGCGGCUGCGGAGGGGCGGCGGGCGGGAGGCCGAGCCGCGCCGGGCGACGCAGGGCGGCCGAGCUGCGGGAUCCCCGCCGGGGCAGCCACCGGCCGCGGGGAAGGUGGUCCGGGAGCCACCAGCCGACUCCUCGGUAGAUCAGGUCGCGCCACCCGGUUGCCCUGCCAAGCUUAGAAGGUGGUGAAGGGAGGUCGUGCAUUAUUAUUAUUAUUUAUUAUUAUUUAAUUACGGCACGGCGUGGGGAUCCGGGAGGGAGCGCUGCGCGCUGGGGGGGGGGGGGCAGUGGCCCCCGCCGAGGCCGGGGGAGCCGAACCCCGCGGCGGAGCGCGGCUCACCCGGGCGCCCCCCUUUCCCCCUCCCGCCUGCAGGCACCAGCCGCCGCGAUGCCGCUCAGCGCCGGCUUCCCCAGCAAGAACUACGACUACGACUACGACUCGGUGCAGCCCUACUUCUACUUCGAGGAGGAGGAGGAGAACUUCUACCUGGCGGCGCAGCAGCGGGGCAGCGAGCUGCAGCCCCCCGCCCCGUCCGAGGACAUCUGGAAGAAGUUUGAAUUGCUGCCCACGCCGCCCCUCUCCCCCAGCCGCCGCUCCAGCCUGGCCGCCGCCUCCUGCUUCCCUUCCACCGCCGACCAGCUGGAGAUAGUGACCGAGCUCCUCGGGGGGGACAUGGUCAACCAGAGCUUCAUCUGCGACCCGGACGACGAAUCCUUCCCCAAGUCCAUCAUCAUUCAGGACUGCAUGUGGAGCGGCUUCUCCGCCGCCGCCAAGCUGGAGAAGGUGGUCUCCGAGAAGCUGGCGUCCUACCAGGCGGCCCGCCGGGAGGGGGGCCCCGCCGCCGCCCGCCCCGGCCCGCCGUCCGCGGGGCCGCCGCCGCCCGGCCUCGCCGCCUCCCCCGCCGCCUCGGCAGGCCUCUACCUGCACGACCUGGGCGCCGCCGCCGCCGACUGCAUCGACCCCUCGGUGGUCUUCCCCUACCCGCUCAGCGAGCGGGCCCCGCGGGCCGGACCGCCCGGCGCCAGCCCCGCGUCCCUGCUGGGCGACGACACGCCACCCACGACCAGCAGCGACUCCGAAGAAGAACAAGAGGAAGAUGAGGAAAUUGAUGUUGUUACUUUAGCUGAAGCAAACGAAUCCGAAUCCAGCACAGAGUCCAGCACAGACACAUCAGAAGAGCACAGUAAGCCCCACCACAGCCCGCUGGUUCUCAAACGGUGUCACGUCAACAUCCAUCAGCACAAUUACGCCGCUCCUCCAUCCACCAAGGUUGAAUACCCAGCUGCAAAAAGGCUAAAGUUGGACAGUGGCAGAGUUCUCAAACAGAUCAGCAAUAACCGAAAAUGCUCGAGUCCCCGCACGUCAGAUUCAGAAGAGAACGACAAGAGGCGAACACACAAUGUCUUGGAGCGCCAGAGGAGAAACGAGCUGAAGCUGAGUUUCUUUGCCUUGCGUGACCAGAUACCCGAGGUGGCCAACAACGAAAAGGCGCCCAAGGUUGUCAUCCUGAAAAAAGCAACAGAGUACGUUCUUUCCAUCCAGUCGGACGAGCACAGACUGAUUGCAGAGAAAGAGCAGUUGAGGCGGAGGAGAGAACAGUUGAAACACAAACUCGAGCAGCUAAGGAACUCUUGUGCAUAGGAACUUUUGGGCGUUGCUUAGAAUAACCCGAACUAGACUGAAACGAUGAUAAAAUAUUAAUGUUUCUAAUAUCACUCAUGAACUACACCAGUCCAUUGAGUAUGGAACUAUUGCAACUGCAUGCUGUGCGAUUUAACUUGAGACUACACAACCUUGGCUGAAUCUUCCAAGGGUUUGGCCAGAACCUCAAAACUGCCUCAUAACUGAUACUUUGGGCAUAAGGGAUGAUGGGACAUUCUUCAUGCUUGGGGAUGAACUCUUCAACUUUUUUUUCUUUUAAAAUUUUGUAUUUAAGGCAUUUUUUUCAUAUGAGAACCCAAACAAAAGUUGUCCCCAGAUUGCUGUAUAUAUUUACACAUCUUAUUGCCAUGUAAAUACCUUUAAUAAAGUCUUUAUAGAAAAAUGUACAACAUUAAUACGUAACAGUUGUGGCAACUGGAUUUAUACUUGUCUUGAACUUCUGUGCCAUAACAUUUCACAAUUUUGUUUUUUUUAUUUAAAUACUUUUUUCUUUUAAAAAUGAUUUUUAUUUUGUUUUUAGAUAAAUAAAUAUUUGCC